UAUACAUAUAUAUAUAUAUAUAUAAUAUACAUACAUACAUACAUAUAUUGUAUAUAGAUCAAUCUAUACUGUCCAGGUCUAAAUAUCAUUUAGCCUAUAUAUCUUUUACUAAUUAUAUACACUGUACAAACUACAUCUCUCUCUCUGUGCCUCUCUCUCAUAUAUAUAUAUAUAUAUAUAUAUAUAUAUAUAUAUAUGUAUACAUACACUGAGGGAUUAUAUAAACUGAUUGACUGACAGAUAUACAGAUAUCAAUAGAAGUGCAUUAAUAUUCAAACAAAACAAACAAGAAAGCCCCACCAGCAUCACUACUGUCUACAGCUGGUUGUUGGAAAGUUGGAUUUAUAAAACUGCUGAACCAAAACUUCCCUAAUAUCUGAACCUCACCUGGAACUUGGAGCAGUUAACAAGUCAAUCUUGGUAGCAAAUUUGUUUAAUUUUUAUUUCGUUUUGAUUAUUUACCAGUAUUGAUGAAGAAAUAUGAACAGGUUAGGGGUGCUGGUUAGAGAAUACCUAAAAUCUUGAGAAAUGGACCACAAUAAUAUUCAAACCCGAACAGAAAAUGGUGGGGCACUAGAGAAGAGUUAAAAAGGAAAAAAAAAAAAAAAACUGCUGCAAAUUUCAUUUGGGUCAUUCUUUACAUAUUCUGCGUUGAAACCUCUCGGCAACAAGAUAUCUUUAUUUUUCUCUAAUUUUACCUUUGAAUUUGGAAUAUAUUGGAAGAAAGAAAAAAGAAAGAAACAAAAAUAACAAGGUAGGAAAAAUCGGAGAAAAUACAUUAAAUACACUGAAGAAGGUAAAACAACAACAGUAACAAAAGAGUAAGACAAAUUGUCAAAGGAAGAAAGAAAGGAAGUCUGAUCAUCAAGUACUAUUGAAUAUUUUUUGGUGGAGAGAAUUAAGUGUUCACUUGUUUUAUCAGCCGAUCACUGUAAGACGUCUUCAGAUUUAUUGAGCAAUCAUCAAAAAGCUAGAAAAUGAACAAGCUUGGAAUGCAUAUACCGCAGAAGGAUAAGGCAUCAAAGGAUCGGUCAGUGCGACUUCGAGUGAUGCCAGAGCAGAGCAAUGACUACAGAGUGGUAGUGUUUGGUGCAGGGGGUGUGGGAAAGAGUUCCCUCGUUCUCAGAUUUGUACGAGGGACAUUCCGCGAAAGCUACAUCCCAACAAUUGAAGACACUUAUCGGCAAGUUAUCAGCUGCAACAAACAAGUGUGCACGCUGCAAAUCACGGACACAACGGGCAGCCAUCAGUUCCCCGCCAUGCAGCGCCUAUCCAUUUCAAAAGGACACGCCUUCAUUUUGGUCUACUCUAUCACAAGCAGGCAAUCGCUGGAAGAGCUUAAGCCAAUAUUCAGUGAAAUUACAGAGAUCAAAGGAGACGUUGACAGCAUCCCAAUCAUGCUGGUGGGCAACAAGUGCGACGAAACUAGUCGUGAGGUGACUCAGAACGUAGGAGCUGAACUGGCCAAACGCUGGAACUGUGCCUAUCUCGAAACUUCAGCAAAGACAAAUCACAAUGUGAAGGAACUAUUCCAAGAACUGUUGCAGUUGGAGAAGAGAAGAACUAUGAGCCUGCAACUGGAGACAAAGAAAACAAAAUCCCAGAAACGCAAGGAGAAGUUAAAGGGGAAAUGUGUUGUUAUGUAAAACAAAACAACAACAAAUGUUGCAAAACAGCAAAGAACAAUAAGAUCAUGUAUGUGAUAUAUAUAUAUAUUUAUACACAUACACAUACGCACACUCAUACACAUGCAUACAGUAUAUGUGUGUGUGAAUAUGUAUGUAGAUUUAUAAACAUAUACACAUAUAUAUGUGUGUCUGUGUGUGUGUGUAUAUAUAUAUAUAUAUAUAUAUAUAUAUAUAUAGACAUAUACACACAUGCACACACACAUAUACAUAGAUCCAAAUAUACACGCACACCUGUAUCUGUGUAUAUCUAAAAUGGAAAUUAGUGACAAUUUUGUGACUUGCUUUAUGCUGAGGUAAUAGUACUGGUAAUAUUUUUAUCAUAUGGUGAAGAAACACAUCCAGCUGACACUCAUUACACAUGUCUCCAUAAUACUUAAGUAAAGAUUUACGUAAAUGAACACUUACAAAAAUAAAGAACAAAAUCCACAAAUAAAUAUACAAAUAUAAGUUCAUAAAUUCUUAUGACCACAACAGCAAAU